AUGUGUCCGACUUCAUACGAUGUUGCCGCCACCUCCUACUGCUAUGUUCCCAACUAUAUUUUUCUAUCAGCCGUCAUGUCUAUCGUGACCACGUCUACCCUCAUCCGUUUGUCUGCCAUUGUGAAAUUGUUGUUAAUGACCGUAACCGGUUUUUCGUACAUGCUGUGCGCCUUCGUAACUCAAACACAGCUGUUCGCUGAAUUCAGCGAGUUUUCCAACGCUCCGUAUCCAGUCAGCGCCCGACUGCUCGUGGUCAUAAGUGUUUUCAUUAUCCUGGUCUACGUUCAGUCGAGGCAGGUGGAAAUGACUCUUCGUUUAGAUUUUUUGUGGGCGACUCAGGCACUGAAAGAAAAAGAAGAAACAAUCGUCCUGGAGAAAGGCAAUCAGCUGAUUCUGUUUAAUAUCUUGCCUGCUCAUGUGGCCAGGCAUUUCCUUGACAGGCAGUUCGUAAAUAACAUGGUAAGAAAAGUGCUGGCUCGCGAAGCUGUAACUGAAUUGAAAUUCUAUUCUGAAAAGUGA